CGUAUGAUGUACUUUUGAAUUAGUGGUAGAAAUUGUGAAUGAAUAAACUUCAUUAACUCAUUUAUUAUCCUAAUGAUAUUAUUAAUCAUAAAAAAUAUGAGUCUCAAAAUUAAUAAAUUGUCUAAAUUUUAGAUGUAUAUUUGUUCGCAAAAUUUUAGAUGUAUAUUUGUUCGCAAUGAAUGCCGCAAAUGCGAGCUGGCAUAUGUUUCACUUUAUUUUGUAUAAUUAUAUAAUUUAGUACAAGUAAUUUUUACCUUAUACCAGUGCUACUUCUACUAACAUAAAGGUUCAUUUACAAAUAACCAAGGUUUUUAAUUUAAUAUCUGCUUAGAUUCUUAGGUUUUAAUUACAACUUGCCAGACCAAACCUAUUGUACGUAGUUUAACUCUCCAUUAGAUUUAAUAGCAGCAAAAACAAUAUUAGUCUUUCUUCAUAUUAGGGUGUCAAUUAAGGCAGAAAACGUCAAACCUUUCAAAAUAGAUAACAUUUUCAGGUUUAAAACAUUCGAUUAAAACCUCUACCUGUUAAAAUAUAGACAGAUAAAUUGUAGUUUUUUUAAGUUGAAUAACGAUUUUAAAAUAAAGAUAAGAUAAUGAUGAAAUAUUUAAUUAACUACUAUUAAACCUAAGUUCUAUAAGCGCAUAGUUUUCUAAUUGGUGUUCGAGUAGAAAAUGUUAUUUAUUGAAAAGUUUGUAAUAGCAUGUUUUGUCAUCUUUCAAAACUCUGUAGUGACCGUGAAAUAUAAAAAUCCUUUGUUAUUUGAUGGAAGGUGUGUUUGUCCGACAAUUGUUCAAAAUGAGCAAAAGGAAUUAAAUAUUACUCCGGCUCAUCAUGUUGAUAUUCCUUAUGAAAGAGCUACAUUUGGCAUGGGUUGCUUCUGGGGAGCUGAGUCCCUUUAUGGAGCAACAGCAGGAGUUUUGAGAACAACUGUUGGUUAUUCUGGUGGUACCACUGAAAAUCCAACUUAUAGAAAUAUUGGUGAUCAUACUGAAGUACUUGUGAUUGAUUAUGAUCCAACUAAAGUUAAUUAUAAUAAGUUGCUUCACUUAUUUUGGAAUAAUCAUGAAUAUGGUCUAUGUACAAAAAUUAAGAAACAAUAUGCUUCAAUAAUUUUUUAUCAUGAUGAUGCACAGAAAAAGAUUGCUGAAGAGUCCAGAAUAAAAGAACAAAAACUCCGCGUGAAGGAAGUAAUUAGGACCGAAAUUGUGCCUGCAGGAACGUUUUAUCCAGCGGAAAACUAUCAUCAAAAAUACCGUUUGCAAGGUCAUAAAGAUCUAAUGAAAUCUCUUGGAAUGCAUAGUGAAAGCACAGAAUUAUUACAACGAUCAUAUGUUGCAACUAAGUUAAAUGGUUAUGUUGUUGGCUUGGGCGGCGAAAAGCAAUUCUUAUCAGAAGUUGAUACAAUGAAUUUAACGCCAUCACAAAUCGAAUAUAUACGUUAUUACAUUGAGAAAAAUGAAGGACAAGGUUUAUACUGUUGACAAACUACAAAGGCAACUGAAUAUCAUAUAGGAGUAACGAUAAUUUAGAUAGUAUUCAAGGGAUUUCAAAGGGCGAAGAUGUUAUAAAAGUAUACUGAAUAGACCUAAGAGACUAUUAAAACAUAGAAGAUUAAAAUGUUAACAUACUAACGAGAUCUAAGUAAUUGUAAUAUUAAUAUUAUUUUUUUAUUGUAUUUAAUUUUAAUGCUUUACUGAGAUAUUAUCUUUUAAGGAAGUAUUAUAAAACUAAUUUAAGUAUGUAAGAAUUUGAAAAAUAAAAUUAUUUUUAGAUAUCUA